CAUAUCAAUUCCCCAACUCACACACACUCCUGACAGUAUAAAGAGAAGGAAGAGAGCUUGCUACUUCACAAACUCUGAAUAUAUCUUGACAUCUAAUUCUCUGUCUAACACAAAGUGAAAUGAAAACUCUUUUGGUAGCUGUUCUGCUGAUGCUGGCAGUGGCCAAUGCACUGGCACUGCAGUGUAGACACUGCGUUCCGUCUACACCAGGGGCGAGAUGCACUGUCACCACGGAAACGUGCCGCUCAGAUAUGGACGCAUGUGUGGCUGCCGUGUUCACCUCCCCCCCUUACUCCUACUUCCAGAGGUGUAUUAAGAUGUCGGACUGUAUGCUGCUGCAGAUGAGCCCCUACAUUAAGGCCAACUGCUGCCAGACGGACCUCUGCAACAACUCCUUCUUGUAGGACCUGCCAGGACUUUAAGAAGUUGCUUUUACAAGUUCAGGAAGUAGGCCGAAACGUCUGUCUGACCCUGCAAUGUUUGAAUAAAAG